AUGGCCAAAGAGAAACCGAAUCAUCUGCUCACCUCCGAUGGAGAUGUAGGUGUUGAUGAAGAUAGAGAUGGAGUGUUAGUAGACGACUCUCACAACGAGCCGACGUUAGGUGAUAAACUCGAGAGUAGUCUUAACUUAUUAGGCCGAGAGAAACUUUGCAGUAACAGUGAUUCUGCUCCGGGAGAUGAUAAGCCUCCGACCGCAGCCUCCGUUAGCGUUCUGUUGAGACAAGCGUUGCAUGCAGAUGAUCGGUCUCUUCUACUUGAUUGCUUGUACAACCGAGAUGAACAGGUGAUUGCUAACUCGGUUGCUAAGUUGAAUUCAGCAGAAGUACUCAAGCUUCUGAACUCUCUCCUGCCAAUACUACAAUCAAGGUGA